GGUGAGUCCAUUGAAUAAUGAAAGAAUUUGCCUGACAGGGUUUUGUUGUGUUUUGUCGUCUUGAUGAAUUAUUGCAGAGGAUAGACGACAAUCUCUUUUGUCCAAAAUGCAUUGGAAUGCUUCAUCCAAUUCCUCAGAAAAUGACAAUGAAGCUCAUUCAGCCUUUACACAGACUGAGCACAACAUAGUUGCAGCUUACUUAAUAACAGCAGGAGUGAUAAGCAUUUUCAGUAACAUUGUUGUGUUAGGCAUCUUUGUUAAGUACAAAGAGCUUCGGACAGCAACCAACACAAUUAUUAUCAACUUGGCUUUUACUGACAUUGGUGUUAGUGGCAUCGGUUACCCCAUGUCCGCUGCCUCAGACCUGCAUGGAAGCUGGAAAUUUGGAUAUACUGGAUGCCAGAUCUAUGCUGCCUUAAAUAUCUUUUUUGGGAUGGCGAGUAUUGGUUUGCUCACUGUUGUUGCAGUUGACCGUUAUCUGACAAUCUGCAGGCCUGAUAUAGGAAGAAGAAUGACUACCCGUAGCUAUGCCACUCUAAUCCUUGCUGCUUGGAUAAAUGCAGUCUUUUGGGCUUCCAUGCCUGCUGUAGGCUGGGCUAGCUACGCUCCGGAUCCAACUGGAGCAACGUGCACAGUAAAUUGGAGGAAAAAUGAUGUGUCCUUUGUUUCCUACACAAUGAGUGUAAUUGCUGUUAAUUUUGUUGUACCCUUAACAGUCAUGCUUUACUGUUAUUACAAUGUUUCCCGGACAAUGAAACAAUAUGCCAGCAGUAACUGCCUGGAGAGCAUCAACGUAGAUUGGUCUGACCAAGUAGAUGUGACAAAGAUGUCUGUGGUGAUGAUUGUAAUGUUCUUGGUGGCGUGGUCUCCAUAUUCUAUUGUGUGUUUAUGGUCUUCCUUUGGAGACCCAAAGAAAAUUUCUCCUGCAAUGGCCAUCAUAGCUCCUCUAUUUGCAAAAUCUUCCACGUUCUAUAAUCCUUGCAUUUAUGUCAUUGCAAACAAAAAGUUUCGGAGGGCAAUCCUGGCAAUGGUGCGAUGUCAGACAAGACAAGAGAUAACUAUAAACAAUGCCUUGCCCAUGAGUGUAUCUCAAAGUGCACUGACAUCGUAG